AUGUUGAAAACAUUUAGGCUAGUUAGAGAAGAGGAUGAUCUGCGUCCGUGGGGAUUGCUGAUAAGUGAACGUGACGAUAAAGUCUUCUACGUUGCUUGCAUGCCGUACAUCAGUAUUGUGGCACAAUCUGGCUUGAUUUUGGAAGGUGACAGACUUUUGCAAAUCAAUGGAAGGAAUCUCUCUGGGCUUGGAUUUUGUGAUGUUUUGGAAGCAAUUAAUUCAAACAGAAAUGUCUUGGAAGUUUUAUUGUCCAGGGAGGUAUUGGAGGAGGAUAUUGUUGGGAAGGGAAGGAAAAUUGUAGAAAAUGAGUCAGUUGUACAAGAAGCUUGAUUACCGUAAUUUAUUUUGUUAUUUUAUUUUCUGGGAGCAGUGUAGUGCUGUGAGUAUUUUAGGUUCAGUGUAUCUCAUUUUUCACCAUACCGAG